AUGCCCAGUUGCGUUUGGUUGACCAUUCCUCAGGCCACUUUGGGCACAUCAAUUUUGAUCACUUACAAGCUUGCCAUAAACUUAUUUCAGACCCGGAUUCUUGAGUUCUCUUGGUUAAGUAAUCAACUUGAGAAGCUACGUAAGAUUAAAAACAUACUACCAACCACUAGUAAACUUCGGUUCCUCAUUCCAAUCCCCCACUACAUAAGUUUUUUUAUUUAAUUUUGCAGUUAGUUAGAAUUUAUAGUUCUCUUCGUUAUUUUUUCUGUAUCAUUAUAUCCAUUUUUUAGGGCGUUUAGAGUUUGAUUUUUUGAAUUAACUCGGUGGUAUUUUCCUAAACAUUCAAAGGGAAUUGACCGGCUUUAUUCUGCUUUGAAAAACCAAUUGCAAUGGGACUCAUUCCUCUCUCCGGACUAAAUUUCAAACUCAAAACGAAAGGAAAUUAACGGGCAACAAUAGGAUGCAAUGACCUUCCACUCGACAACGUUUCGCAGGCCUAAAUCGCAGUCAAUACGUAAUAAACACAAGAAAGCCUUAAAGUUAGCUUAAAAGCGAAAUUCAACGCACAUUUUGCUAAUUUAUAAAGCAAAGACGCAAUAAUUCUCAUAACUUAAAACGUCUUAUAAAUUUUUGCUGUAUGAAUAAUUAGUUAGCUUAGUGGGGUAGUCUCGGCAUCCUGAGAGACCUAAAACGUGAUCAGCACGCAAACAAACACAAGAAAUGCCAAAGGAAAGAUUUUCGCUAAAUUAUAGAGAAAAAAAAUAAUUUUCAUACAACCUCUUUUAAUUGCUGCUUUAUGAAAAAUUAAUUAUGCUUUCAUCUGUCUCUCGGAGUCUAGAUACCCCUAUAGUAUCUUUAAAUUUCGCUCCUAUUUGGGAGUAACCCUUAAAAAGCUUAAGUUUCAAGCUAAUUUUUGUGACUGAUGUAAGCAAUUAUUGUGAAGAAUGAAAAAUAGAACUUUAACUUCUUUUAAUAUUAAAAAAUAUCAAGAAAUUUAGGGUGCACCUUUAGACUUUAGAGAGCAUGUGUAAUGCACGUACGUGGCUCUAACAAUGUUGGGAGAACUGUGCAAACGGAUCCAACAUUAUUGCGCUACGCUUCGGCGAUCACGAAACAGUGGAAAUUUUGGGAGUUGUUGGCUCAAAACGUUUGACAAAGUUCAAAUUUUGCGCAACAACUCGCAACAACACACAACAAGAUGCAACAGGCCGGUGAGCAAACGGACGGAACAACAAUGUUGGGAGUUGUUGGCUAACAAUGUUGCGUCGGUUUGCAAGGGGCUUUAAGUAAAAUACCGGGUACUUGGUUACACGUUCUAAAACAUACUUGUACAAAUAGAGACUUUGGAUGAUGAUCAACUAGUCUACGAAUACAGCCGUCUUCUCAAACCCGGCUGGGCGGGUUACGCUACCUGAAAACGUUUAGAAGGCAAAAUUUGACCCCAGCUGAGAGGGUUAAACGGUCUGGCAGACCACCUAUCAUGUAAACGUUAUCAUAUUAAAAUGAGAGACGGAUUUUAUGGACAGGCAGGUAUUACCCCACCUAAGUGGGUUAUCUUACCUCCCCGGGGUCCCCCUCCUCCAUGUAAACAGGCCCUAACCCGAACCUCAAGCUGUAAUUGUUUUACUUAUUUUCAGCAUACUGCGGUAUUCUGUUUGAUUUCGAAAACGGAUUGUCAUGCUGGACAUUGCCUGGCAAUGCAUUCAACAAUCAGCCAACAUACGGCGAUAAUUCAUUAGAGAGAGGCAGAGGACCUGCCAACCACAAAGGGAAUUGGUGGAUUGGCGGCUUCGAGAAUCGGCCCAGUCCCUCUCAUCAGGCUGGUGCAAUCCAAAGCGAUGUUCCCCAAGGCACGAUGACGUCAAACUGUUUUUGGAUUAAUGGAAAUUCUCUUCGGUUCGUUAUUGGAGGAAGUUGUUACGUAAACGAGAUUCGUGCUGUGCUUAUUGUUGACGGAAAUGUGGUUUUUCGGGAAACUGGGGAUUGUAGUGAAUCCAUGACAGAGAAAAGCUGGAAUGUAUCUGGUUUUGUUGGUAGAAUGGCUCAAUUGCGUUUGGUUGACAAUUCCUCAGGCCACUGA